AUGGUGGGUGCGCGCACGGGGGUAUCUGCAUCCGCCGCUGCGCGGAGCAGCGCGCGCUGCCUCCGCCGGCUUCGUCCGCGGAGAGCGCGGCUGGCGGUGGUGCGGCUGGCGCUGGGAGCAGCGGUGGUCGUGGUGGGCGCAAUUGCGGUGACGGUGCGCGGCAGUGGUGCCCCCGUGAAGCGCGCAGGCGCGGGGGCAAGAGAGGUGGCGCAAUGCCGCCAGUGUCGGAUGCAGGCAGUAGGGAUGGGGCGCGAUGGCAUGCAGGGGGGUGUGCUGUCGCUGGGUAGCCAGCGCUGCUCGACACUCUUAACCAUCACAGCGCUCUUUGUGAAUGGCGACUCCUGGGUGGACGUAGGCAACAACCACGACGGCUCCCACCGCUUCCUGCGUGCUGACCUGCCGCUCUACGGCAUGAGUUACAUCGAGGCGUUGGAGCGCUUCUCCGAUGGCCGCCUGAAGAUCGACUACUUGGCAGAGGGGGCUUUUGGCGUUGCUGGGCCCACCUUUUCACAGCCGCCUCCCCUCCCUCCCGUUUCCCCCCUCCCCACCCCCCCUUCCCCCCCCUUCCCUUGCUUCCCGCCCAUUUCCCCCGUCCUUCACUGCUCCCCAUCUCCCCCAGCGCGCUAUCUGGGGCUGCCCUCGCCGCCCCCCAUGCUACAGCAAGGGCGCAAUGCCUCUCGCGGGCUUUACUUCGCCCGUGCGGAGAGCCACACUCUCGACCACCGCCUGCUUGACGCGAUUCACGGCAGCGAGGGUGGCUAUAUUGUGGGCGGCGCGGAUUCGUUUUACUCGCGCAUGGCGGAGCAGGACGCGCAAGCUCCGCGGAUGGGGGAGUGCGGCGGGCGGUGCGGAACGGGGGACGGCUCGAGCCUCAUUGAGUCCCUCAUCAAGUACCCACCCUUGGAGGAAGUGAGGGGUCUGCCGGAGGAGAUUGUGGGGGAUGAGAAGGAGGACAUGGAUUUUGCAGAUGUUGAUGCAAGCGUGGAAGGCGAGGAAGAUGAGGAUGAUGGGGUGUAG